UGACAAUUGUUGUUGGUGGAAAACAAGGAUGUAUGAUCGGUUGAAAGUAGUUCCUGAUGAUUUGAUCCAAAUAAAUAAGGACAGAAAAGUAAAGAGGUUGGAACAAAAUGAUAUUCUCAGUAAAGCAGUACAGCAACCAGGAGAUGUAUUUUGUUGUUUCUUGAACAUUCAACUGAUAGUAAACAGUGAAAGAGCUAUUCUUGGGAACAUCACUAGUGUGGAAUGCAUCGAAUUGUGUCGGUUAUUAGCAGGUCAUUUGGUUUGGUUGGAAGAGGAAUUGUGUGAUUUCCGAUUGGAAGCUAUUCUGGGAGCACUGUUGUGUAGUUCAUAUUGUGAGUGGACAGCGUGGGAAAGAGAAAAGGAGCAAUUCACACAACAAUGGAACGCGUUGGAGAACUUGUCUUCUUUGGAUACGUGGAAAUGGGCUCUUGGUAUAAGAGAACGAGUAGAGACUAUGUUGCAACGUGUAAAGCUGCUCACUUCCAUAUUUACUACACUCCUUUCAGCCAAUGCAACUCACUUCAGUAACUUUAUGGUCGUACAAGAUGAUAAAGAAUGGGAAAAGUUGUUGAAUGAGAAGCAAGAUAUUGUGGGGUAUACUUUGGAAGCAGCAUUACAGAAAACUUGUCUAGUGGAAAACCAAUUGGCUCGUUGGAAAGACAAACUGGAUAGUUUGGUAGACUUGUAUUCAAUAGGUAAUGCAGCCUUUGAUGCCAGAAUGUGGUCAUUGGACCUUUUAGCUACCAUUCUCAGUGUUUGCUUUGCGAUCUAUGGAAUGUUUUCCCAAUUCUUUGGGUAUUAUGUACAACUGCCCAUUUAUAAUAUGGGCAACUCCAGUCAAUAUUAUUUUUAUGGAAUCGCGGGAGGUAUUACUAUUGCAUUGUCCAUUACUAUCUAUUUCUCUUCACGUUGGUUUUUGCGUGCUUUUUAUCAUGUCUUCUCUUAUGACUCCCCUUUCCAAAAAUAAAGUAUGGGAAUAGUUGAUUUGUGAUGAUAAGAAGAUAGAGUCAGUAGUUCCUCCUUCUUCUAGAAGCUGCUGCUCUGCGUCUACUAGCGCCUUGUCGAGUAUCUGCUGGUCUCGAACUAGAUUUUCGUUUCCUUCUCUUGGAAGGUCUUUUUGUCUUUAAAUCAAAGUGAGUUUCAUUCUCCAAUACUUCCUCUUGUUGUUGAAUGGAUAAUAUAUUCUGAUAUUCUUCUUUACAACUGGGGUCAUAAAAUUCCUCUAAACCAACCAUUUCUCAAAGCGCAAACCAAUCAACGAUGCAAAAGGAAGAAAGACUUUUAUACGAAUCCAUAAAGUUUGGCGCCAUUUCAAAGAAAUAGCAUUUUUUUCUA